UCCUGGUUGAUCUCGUCCAAUCAGAGUGCUCGAUCCUAACGUAACGGCUGUUCAGGAAGCGCGUGACGCGUUCCAGAACGGCGGACCCCUGCACGCGCUGUUUAUCCCGGUAGUACCGCAGUGUAAAGCCAGCACCAGCAUGAGGCAUGGAGGGGCAGAGUGUAACCAAAGUGGUCCUGCUGUCCUGCGGCUCCUUCAACCCCAUCACCAACAUGCACCUGAGGAUGUUUGAACUGGCUCGUGACCAUCUGGAGGACACAGGUCAGUACAAGGUGGUGAAAGGCAUCAUCUCUCCAGUGGGUGAUGGCUAUAAGAAGAAGGGAUUGAUUGAUGCCUACCACCGUCAGGAGAUGGCCAAAUUGGCCACAGAGAACUCAGACUGGAUCACAGUAGACGCCUGGGAGAGCUUGCAGCCAGUUUGGGUGGAGACAGUUAAAGUUGUUCGGCAUCACUACCAUGAAAUGCUUGCAGCAGAACAGAAAAACGAUGAUGUGGACACAGUCAAGUACGCAAAAAAGAGACGUAUAGAGGGGAAUUAUUUUGAGGAUUCAUCCCAUGACAAAAGGAGAGGCGGCCCUCAGCUCAUGUUGCUGUGCGGGGCUGAUAUCCUCGAGUCCUUCGGGAUCCCCAAUUUGUGGAAGCAGGAUGACAUAGCUGAGAUUGUGGGCCGCUACGGUUUGGUUUGCAUCACCCGCAGUGGCAACGACCCCCACAAGUGUAUCCACCAAUCAGAGAUACUGUGGAAGUAUCGCAAGAACAUCCAAGUGGUCCAGGAGUGGGUGACCAAUGAGAUAUCAGCCACUCACGUCCGCCGGGCCCUGCGCCGAGGUCGGAGCGUCAGGUACCUCCUGCCGGACGCUGUGGUUCAUUACAUACAGGAGCAUGACCUCUACAGUGCUGAGAGUGAGCAGAAAAAUGCAGAUGUGGUUCUAGCACCCCUUCAAAAAUACACAGGUGCCUCCUCAAGCUGAGGUAGUUUACUGUCUACACUAAAUGCUGCAAGUUUACUGUGAAUUUAAAACAAAUUAGACACAAAGCAGUUAUUUUAAGCUUCCACCAGUGCCUUCUACACAGAAUAGUCGUUUCUAAUGAUAGCUGUGUUUUUAUGAUAAGACAAACCUGCGUAGACUUUCCUGAUAGAAGCGAUAAGAUUCACUUUGUCAUAAACUAGCACCUUAGCGUGGGAACUUCCGAUAGUUGUAAGCAAAAUAACUGAGCAGCAGUUCAACCAGUCGGUAGUAUGUCAUGUGUGUAGGUGUAUUCACAGUCUUGUGUGAAUUAGUCAGAACACACUAAGUGUGGUAGUUGCACAUGAGCAAAUAUGAUCAGAAAAGCUGAAUUUGAAUUGUUUUUAUUUGGUUUCCACAUGGUCACUCAGGCAAAAGCAGCCAAUACGCUUUGAACAUGCUUACUUAGUGCUGUAGAUUUGAAAACAGAAAUGUAAUUUGUAUUGAGUGAAAAUGGAAUAAACAGACCUCUUUGUUUUCCA